UUGUUUGAUGUGAAUGAAAUUCAGUAGCUUUACUUUCAGCUAACUUACUGAAUUUUGACUAAUUUCGGCAAUUUUUCAGCCAACGAAAAGUGAAAUUUGGUUGACCUAAUAUACAAAGUAGGAACUAUUAGUUGUAACACGAGUGGGGCAGUCGAGCAGAAGUCACUGUCGGACCUAAACAGCGACAAAUGGCGUGAUAGCAACGUACAUUUAAUUAAGAAAAGUUUCAUUUUUUUCUCGCAUUGUAAGCUCUUAAUUUUGUAUCGACAUAACGCCUCACAUUUUAAUAACAAGACCAGGUCUUGCUGCAACAAUGGACGCCCUGCAGAGGAGAGUGGUUCAGGAGGACGUGGUCCAGUAUCAGCUCUUCUUGAUCCAGCCGGACGGUUCAACAUCACAACAAACUGAGGAACAUUUCUCACAUCUCGUAGAGGAGAUUUUGGCCAAGGUUGCCCCGCUGCUGAUGCAAUACAUAUGGCAGAAUCAGCCAUUCAACCUCAAGUACCAUCCUGAGAAAGGAGAUGUUCCUGCUCACAUUGGAGGCAGCACCCAGUUUGGGGACAAUGUGGAGGACGAGUGGUUUAUUGUUUACCUCUUAAAGCAAAUCACAGAGGCCUUCCCAGAGCUUGCAGCCAGAGUUGAGGACAACGAUGGGGAAUUUCUUCUGAUUGAAGCAGCUGAUUAUCUUCCCAAGUGGCUGAAUCCAGACACCAGUGAGAACAGGGUGUUCCUCUGUAGGGGAGAGUUGCACAUCCUGCCCUGCCCCUCCAAUUCCAGUCCAGUAGGGGUCUCAAGGGAUGUGGUACCCAGUGUGGCACAGGCUGUAACACUGCUCUCCACCCACCCAGAGGCCUGUCGGGCAAGCUCCAAGAUUUGUUCAGCUCUGAGGAGGCGACUAGAGGGGUACCCAGAGAAGAUCAGAACUGGCCUGCAUCGUGCCCACUGCUUCAUACCUGCAGGCAUCGCCAUGGUGUUGGCACAACGUCCAGACCUGGUCGCCCCUGCUGUUUCAGCUUUUUACCUGCGGGAUCCAGUGGAUCUCCAGGCGUGUCGAAGCUUCAAGACCUUUCCCCCUGAUGAGAGAGUCUUAUCCUCGGUGACAUUCACCCGGUGCCUGUACGCCCAGCUGCAACAGCAACAGUUCACGCCAGACCGGAGGAGCGGCUUCACGUUGCCUCCUCGCUCUCACCCCCAGCACAAAGCCCAUGAGCUUGGCAUGAAGCUGGCUCAUGGCUUUGAGAUCCUGUGCUCUAAGUGCAGACUGCCAUCUUCAGAGCCUGAUGCUCCAGUCAGUUGUAACCCUCAGUGGAAAGGCUUCAUGGACAGUCUGAAAAGGAACGGCUACUUUCGGGGACAACUGGAAGGUUCGGCACGUUACAGAGACCUGACAAAAUCAGCAGAAAACUUCUUUAAACAGUCUGUUGCCUCUAAAUCCGGCAGUGAUAUGUCCGCGGGUGAGGAGGUUCUCCAGCUGCUACACAGCUGCGCUCCCCUGAACUUGGAGGACCUGAAGAAACAAGAGUCACAGCUCCCCCAAGAGGACAGUGACAGCUGGCUGGAUAUCACAGCUCAGGAUUUGGAGCGUAUGUUGCAGGAGAGAAGUGGGGGGAGAGCUGAUGUUGGCAGCCAAAACGCCAGUUUCACCAAACACUCACAGCACGUCGGGGUGGCAAAGGAGAGGAGAAAGGAGACAGAGGACGACAAGGAGGAAGAGGAGGCCAGUUACAGCCUGGUAGCAGUCAGUCAGGGGAUGAAGAACUUCCUCAACGCCAUGUCGUCACAUGAGGGUGCUGAACUGCCCUGGACGAAUUCAACUCAGCCUUUUAGUUUUGACCCAAACUCCAUGGCCAAUGCACUGGACCGACUGCUAGGAAGCAAAGAAGAAGAGCUUGAUUCAGAUGAUCUUGAUGACGAUGACGAUGAUGAUGAUGAUGAUGAUGAUGAUGAAAAAGAAGAGGGGUCCUCUGGUCCUGCAGAGAUAAACGGGACAGAGACUUUGGACAGUCUCAGAAAAUAUAUGGACCAAAUGGAUCAGGAGCUCCUGAGCACUAAUAUUGGACAAAGCUUCAAUCUGACGAACAACAACAAGGCAGGUUUGGACACUGGGUCCCUCCAACCCUCUGCCACAGACGGACUCCCGAAAGAGGGAGCAGUGGAAGAGACAGAGGAGGAAAUUCAGCCUCUUGACGUGGAUCUCAACCUGGUCACCAACCUGCUGGAGUCCCUCAGCUGUCAGGCCGGGCUGGCUGGACCAGCCUCCAACCUGCUGCAGAGUCUGGGAAUACACCUCCCACCCAACUCUGAUCCCUCAUAAAGGACAAGAAGGAGCUAAUGAAUGAGGUGAUAUUUGGCAAACUUCUCUUCUGUAUGAAUGUUGGUAGUGAAACCCAGAAAGGACAGUUGAUGAGAAGUCAGCAGAAUACUUUGAUUACAUUGACUUCUGAUGCCAAAGCACUAAUGGAUGUUGAAUGCAUCGUGUGCAGUUUUCAUUGUAAACAAACAUGGUUUUGUACAUUCAGUGUUUCUCACUGUGUGCACUGUAAAACUAGUUUGCAAAAAAACAUUUUGAAUGUUUUAAAACCUGCAUUUUUUGCAGUUUACAGUUAAUAUUAUAUGUACACAAGUACAAAAAGGAGAAGGAGCUCAAACAUGUGCUCAAGAUAAAAUUGUAUACAGGAUUUUACAAGAUUUAUUUCCAGUGGAUAGUUUUCUGUCUGCAUUAUUGUGCAAAUUUUUGUACAAAUAUAAAAAAUAUACUGUAUGUCUCCAUCAAUGAUCUAUGAUGGGUACAUAUUUAUGGUUGUGUGAAUAGAAAUGCAUUUAUCUUCCAUGUGGAAACCAGCACUCCCCUGACAGUCUUGUUUCAUUACAGUAGAAACACUUUGGAGGAAGCAAAGUAUCCUUUAAAGUCCAAGGCAGGAUGAGGGAAGAAUUGUGCACUGAAUACCGAACACAGAAAAAGGGGUCUCACUCCACCAACUCCAUGUUUAUUUGAAAUCAUGGUAAACUGACAGUGAAGGAUUGUGUAGUUUUGAUCAGGUUUACAGUAGGUUUUUAAUAAAUGCUGUUUUGUGUAAUGUGUGACUGUGUGUACUGAUAACAGAUGAUUUGACAGCACUUACAUUGGUUUCUUGGAAACAAAAUAAAUAUUUUUGGAAAUAAA